AUGACCACGACACCCCAAGAGCUCAAAGGCAUUCUAGUCGCCCUAAUAACACCCUUCUCAGACGACGGGACCAAGAUCGACGAAAAGCGACUCGAGACACACAUCAACCGCCUGAUCGCAGCUGGCAUGCACGGGCUCGUUCCAGGCGGCAGCACGGGCGAAUUCACAGCCCUAACGCUAGACGAACGCAAACAACUAACAGAGCUCUGCGUCAAGUAUGCUGCUGGACGUGUACCCGUCGUUGCCGGCACGGGAGCCACCUCGACACGCGAAGCGGUUGACCUCGCAAAACAUGCAGCUCAAGCCGGCGCUGCGGCCGUGAUGGUCGUCCCGCCGUACUACGAUCCCGUCAACUACGAGCAACUGAGAGAGUUGAUGGCUGAGAUCCAUGAAACGUCCAAUCUGCCCAUCGUGUACUACAAUAUCCCGUCUGCGAGCGGGUUAACCCUGACGCCGCAGCAGAUAGCGGAUCUGUCGGAGGUGGGAGUCAAAUACCUCAAGGAUACGUCUGGGAAUGCACCCGCUCUUACCGAGUUGAUCUUCGGCUUGUCGAAUAAGAUUACCUCCUUUAACGGGUGGGAUACUCUGACCUUCUACGGUUUGGCAGCUGGAUGUCCAGGGUCGGUUUGGGGCGCAGCAAACAUCAUUCCUGAGUUAGCAGCGGAGCUGUGGAAUGCUAUUUCUGUAAAGGGAGACCUGAAGCGUGGUCGAGAGUUGUGGGCUAAAGCCUGGCCCAUUUGCAAGUUCCUCGAGUCUCACAAUUACGCUGCCGCUGUAAAGACUGGCGUCGAGCUAACGGGUUAUCCAACGGGUGGCGUGCGGAAACCGUUUGCCCUGUUGACGGAAGAGUAUAAAACCGAGUUGGCCACUCUCCUCCAAAGCGCCGGAGUGAAAACCGUUUGA